AUGGCGAAAUCGACUGAUGAUGAUAACGAUAAUUUUUUCUACGUUGAAUCGCCUGACUACCAGUGCCUACAACAAGAACGAAAAAAAGCAGCUCAACAUUGUGCUGACGAAAAUAGAAAAUUUAUAAGCAAAAAAAGAGAUCUUGAGAACUCCAAAGAUGAAGCAGUGGCAAAAACGAAUUCAAUUUUAAAUGAAAGUGCUGAACAAAUAAAACAACUCGAACAACAAGUUGAUCGUAUUAAUGAUCUUGAAAGUUCGAAGACUGAAUUGUUAAAGCAAAAAUUAGAACUUGACGAACAAAUUGAACAAGAAGAAGAAAAUAUUGCGAGAUGUGAAUAUGAAAAAAUUACAUUUGAACAGAGAAUACAAGAACUCAAAGAAGAGAAAACUAAAUAUGAACUUGAAGAACAACAACUGAAACAAAAAUUGCACGAUAUCAAAGAACGAGAGACUCAAAUAGUUACGGAACAAGGAUAUUUAGAAAUGUCUCUAAUGGAAUUACAACAACAUAUCGAACAAAUUCGGCAAGAAUUAAAUACAAAAGACGAACAAUUGAAAGAACAAGAACAUAGACGUGAGGAAUUAGAAAAACAAAUCGAAAAACUUCAUCAAGAAAUAGCAAAUAUUGAAACGGAAAUAAAAACGCUGACUAACGAAAUUGAAAAGAUGAAUGAACUUACCAAUCAGCUCUGGCUCAAGCAAAAAGAUUUACAAACUCAUUUCGAACAACUUCAGUCAACUAUUCUAGAAUUAGAACGGGUAUUAAAACAGAAAGAAGCUGGCGUUGUUCAACUUGAAACUCAGAUUGAAGAAUAUCAACGUAACAUCGAUAAAUUAGCAGAACAAGGUGAAACACUUCAUCAAGAAAUCGAAAGACUUAAUGAGAAUGUCGAACAAUUGAGUGAUGAACUUUCUCAAGCAGUACAAACUUUAGAGCAAUUGAAAAGUCAACGUAAAACACUCGAAGAGCAAAAACGACAACUUGAAAAAACUUAUCAGUCGAUGGAAGAUGAACUGGUGGAUCAUCAAAAUCAGCUAAGUGUUCUAGAAAGAAAAAUGCAAGAUACACAACAAUUACUUGAUCGAGCACAAGGCAAAGUCAACGAACUCACUGCAUUGGAACAAAGCAAAAAAGCAGAAACCGAUCAGCUUCAAAAUAAAAACGAUGCAUUAGAAGAGCAAUUAGCUAUAUGUACUCAAGAAUGUGAAGAUUUAAACAUGCAAAAAGAAGAAGCGCAACAAGAAUUCGAAACAGCUAAAAGUGAUUAUAGAGAAGCACAACAAGAAUUAAGACAAGCCAAAGAACAAGAACGUACAGCAAACACGGAAUAUGAAAAAGCAUUACAAGAAGAAAAAAAUCUUCAAGCACAAUUGGAUAGACUAGUGAGCGAAGAGAAGUUGGCCCAACAAGAUGUAAGUGCAGCUGAAGCUCGAGUUGAAUCAGAAGGCUUGCUAAAUAUAAUUUGUACUGCGAUUGGUCUAAUUCCAAUUCCAGGACUGAAUGGUGUGGGUAAUCUUAAACAAGCUGAUUACAAUGCAGCUCACAAUGCUCUACAACAAGCUAAAGCAAAACUUGAAAGUAAAAGUUCGGCAUUGAACGAUGUCCGUAGUAAAUUGGAUAGUGCCAAAACGAAAAGUGCUAAAACUGCUACAGAUUACAAUCAAAUGAAAAAAGAGCGUGAAGAAAAGGAGUGCACUUUGCAAGUCAAAGACUCAGCUCUGACACAACAGAAAGAGAAAUUUGAAACAGUCAAAUCUAAACAACGGGAAGCUGUUCGAAAACGUGUUCAAACAGAGUCCAAUCAGAAGAGUGUCGCCAAUAAAUUACAACGUGCACAAACACAAUUGACUACAGUUAGCAGUGAUCUUGAACGACAUCGAAACGAUGCUAUCAAUUAUAACAGUCAAAAACUUGAUCUUACAACGACUAUUACAAAGGAAAAGACCAACAUCGAACGACAUGAACGUACUAUGAAUGAACAUAAAACGACUAUGACUGAAAAUAAAGUGGCUUUAAACAAAAUAAAUGAUCAAUGUUUAAAUCAAACCAAUACUGUUGAAGCUUUAAAAUUAAAAAUGGAAAAUGUAAAACAAAAAUUAGGCGAAAAGCUUAAUCUUGAGAAGACCCGCAUUCGAGAAAUUAAUCAUCAAAAAGCUUUACUCGAAUCGAAUAGAAAAAAUGUCGAAGAUAUACGCCAUGAUAUAGCUGAAAAAAAGGAACAAAUAACUAAAACAAAAGAAGAACUGGAUAAAACCAGUGACGAAAUAAAACAAACAAUUCAACAAAAAAAUAUAUUGAGCGAAGAGAAGAAAGUUUUAGAAGAAAAUCUCAAAGAAAAACAGAGUACACUUAAGAAGGUUGAAAAUUCUCAUAGCGAAACGCGUAUGCAGAUACAAAAACAAAAGGCAGAAAUUGAAAAUACUCGUGGAACUCUUUCUUCAUUGGACAAACAAGAAGAACGACUUUUCAAAGAAAUCAAAGUCCAUGAAGAUCGAUUAGACAACAAAUCUAUGGAACUUAAAAAAGUUCAACAAAGACUCGAAGAAAUCAAUAAGAAUAGCUUUGAAAAUGAACAGAAAUUAACAAACGCUCAAAGUGCCAUUUCCAGAGCAAAUGAAGAAUUGAAUUCCGUUGUAGACAAUAUCAAAGAAAAAAACCGAUCCAUCACUCAACAAGAAAACAGUUUUCAACAAAUAAUUCAAAAUUUAAAAGACCAUGCAGCUCAAUUCUCAAAUAAACAGGAAGAAGCAAUAAAAAUUUAUGAAACAAUUGAAAAAUGUCAAAUAGCCAUUACGAAACUAAAAGCGCAUCAUUGUGAAACACAAGAAAAUCUCCAAAAAAAACAAUUUAAAGUUAUCGAGCGGGAAGCGAAGCAAUUGCAAUUACAACAAGAGAUAAAAACUGACAUUAAAGAAACGAAUAAACAAAAAAAGACACAUUAA